UAACAUUAAUCGGAGGUGCUGUAUUUCUUAUUUUCGCUGUGUCUGCUCUCAUCUUCACUCCUCUCGGUGGUGACGAAGCAUAGCCUCCUCUCCGCCAGAUGCUUCAGUUCGACAAGGCAGAACGCUUCUUACUUCAUUUUCUCUCAUCAGACAACAAGUAUUACAAUGUUGUCUCAACUUAUCCAUUCAAUCAGUGGUAUCAAACAAAAGAACAAGAUAAAAUUGUUCUCAAAUUUAUUAUAUGUCCACUAUUUUAAGCUGAUAAGUAUUAAGUUUCAAUAAAUGCCUCAUAUUAUAGUCAAAAUUUCAAAUUCAGCGUGUUGCUUUUACAUCAAAUAACUAUAAUGUAUAAACAUUAUAUGAAUUUGAGUAGGGUUUUUCAAAUUGAAAAAAUGUCUAUACUAAAAUGAAUAACGCAACUACCAUACAAAUAACAAUAUUUGUGUGUUUCUUCGGAUUUAUUUUAAGAUUCAGACAGUUCAUCAUUGUUUGAUUUUCCUGUCUGGAUUCUUCUCAUCUACAUUUAGAAUUAUUUAUUUAUUAAUUACAACAUAUAGUAAUUAUCAUAAUAUUCAUUAAUUGCAAUGUAAGCAUCUUAAAUGUUAAAAUGUACAUUUCAACAGCGUUAUCCAAUACCAAACGUGUGUUUCGAUGGGAAUGUUGUAUAUAACAAUAACAAUUGUGAUAAAGAAAUGUUUGAGAAGCAACUUGCUGACAUACUCGUAUAUGGUUUUUUCAUAUUUAUUAUAAAUAUUGUCAAUAUUAAAGUAGAUUUAAAACUAAGACAUUAUUUUUGGCACUAUUUUUGUGAUAUUCUCUGUUCUAAUUUUAUUGUAUAUAAAUUGUAACUGGUGAUUGUAAUUUAUUAGUAUAAUUUAGUAUAAAAUGCUUUAAAUCCGGCUGAUUUUGUCGGUACUUAUAUUACCUUUGUUUUAAAAGGAAACUUUUUCACAGCUGUCAAUUAGUUGUAGCAUUGCACGCUUUGUUCAUUUAAAACUAACAGAAGUACAUAUGAGUGUUAUAAUUCAACAAAUGGCAAAAAUUCUCUGUUUAUAGAAUGAUUCGCAAAUUAUUUUGUUUCAUUCGUUCCAGUAUGUUACUCCCAAAACAAUUUUACGGCACCACAAUGUUUCUUUAAAGUCUUACUCAUUUUGUGUGUGAAACUUUUAUGGUAAAAAUCCUUACAUUUAUUAAAGCUGUCCAUUUAUAAUGGAAUAUCUAAUUUGCUGUGCAAUACAGCAUUAACUCUAAAUAUUUUAUUGAAAUAUUUCAAUCUUGUUAGUGAAAUUCGGCUUCAAAACCUCAAGAUCUUUCUAAUAAAUUUAAUAUACUGAGGGUUUGGUAUCAGUUACAUCUGUAAUUUUUUUAUGACGUAUGAUAAAAAUUCCUUGUUUGACUAUUAACAAAACUAUACUGAGUAGCUAUAGUUUCUUUGCAAGCAUCCUAUGGUUAUCAGUAUCACAUUUACAAAUAAUCAUCUUUAGAUAAAAUGUCAUAUACAGGCUGGUACAAACUAUGUAUUAAGCAGUGCUCAUGUUGUCGGAAAAACAGGAGAAUGGAUUGGAGUAGCCUGUGUGCUCAAGUAUAAUAGUGUUUACCUACUCAUGAAAAGUUCAGAUUUACAAAAGUAAAUUUGCAAAUAUUUUGUAUAAAACUAUAAAAAAUGUAAUUCAAUAUGGAUUCUAUUAACUCACUCACUAAAACUAAUUGGUGGCUUAUAACUGGAGGAAAAAUUUCAUUUCUCUCUGUUUUCCCACACGAUACCUUGAAACCCAACUGAUCUAUAGACUUGAAAUUAUGCAUGAAGCUUAAUUUCUAUGAAGGCAACACUGUGUUCGAUAAUGGUAGGCUACAUGUCAAUCCAUACGAUUUGGUUGAGGAUUACCAAACAUUUUUACAUUGUUCUUGUGGGUAACCAUGAAAGCAAAGAGAAAAUAGCAUGAUAUAUCUUUUGGUGGUUAUGGUGAGAAUACUUAGGUAUAUUUUAAAUAAUGCUAUGAAACUGAAUUUAAUGAGUGAAAAUGUGAAUGUACCAUGUGACAAGAUAUCUUGAAAAAGAUUUCAUCAGUAGACUUUACAUUUUGCAUAAAACCUCAUUAUUAAAUAGACAAGAACAAGUUCUAUAAUAUUGAGCAUGUCCACCAUGGACUUUUGUUGGUUAUGGUGAGAAGACUUAUGUAUAUUUUAAAUAAUGCUAUGAAACUGAAUUUAAUGAGUGAAAAUGUGAAUGUACCAUGUGACAAGAUAUCUUGAAAAAGAUUUCAUCAGUAGACUUUACAUUUUGCAUAAAACCUCAUUUCUAAAUAGACAAGAACGAGUUCUAUAAUAUUGAGCAUGUCCACCAUGGAAUUUUGCUGAGUGUCAUUAAAGCCAGUGUCACCAGUAGACUGACACAAUUCGUCUUGUCUGCUGUGGGGAUUUAAAAAUGUCUUCUGUAUGAUUGUCUAUCUGUCCGCAAUCUUGAGAAUGAGUGUAAAGUUUGCUAUAGGUAAACUUGAAAUUUUCAUGCAACCUCCGUGAAGCCUGUAGUGUGGUGUACUCAUACCUUGUUAUUUUUAAAUAAAUAAUUACUUUAUGACAGUUUACCUUAUUGAAUCAAAUAUUUAGAAAAUACAAUGUGAAGAGGAUUGAUUACAAUGUUUAAAAAUUGUGUUUAUUUCCACUGAGUACUACUAGGGGAUCCUGAUACAUCCAGGCUGUCAUGAGUAUGUCAGUCAGACCAAUACCUGAGUGAUUCAGAAUCCACAUAAACAUGAAGAUUCCUUGUUUUUCCUGGUUUCUUUGCUAUUAAUUUGAUUACUCUCCCUAAGGAUCAGGGCAACUACACCUUAGAGACUACACAGGGUGUAUAGACUCACUUUAAAUAUUAUUCUUUUCAUCUUCUCCCACCAUUUGACAUUUGGCACUUAAUCUCCUUAUCUCCUUAACGGUUUAUUAAAAAUACCAAAAUCGUGGUUUUUUUUAGUUUUUUUAUUGUACAGGUCUGUUUUUAGGUAUAGGUCUUAUUUAGCCACACGCUGUGUAUCUUGACAUAUUCUUCCCUAAUCACCAUAGGCAUUCAAGUGAACAACUAUGGUUAAAGUUUAAAUUGAGCUCCUUGUUAUACUGUCAUUAUUUUAUAAAUAACAAAACAACUAAGCAAGUAAAAACACCUGGCUAAUUAAUGUUUCUUAUAUUCAAUUCUUUAAAAAUAACUCAACGAAUAAAUAUAAAAAUUUAAACAAAAAAUACCUCUUGUUCUUUGACAUUGUUGGCGAAACUUUAUAAACUAAUAAUUCACAUCUUCUUCCCCAUACCUGAGGUCUGUCACAACCAGGGUGACCAGACAUCUGGCUUUAGGAGGGCAUGCCCUCCCUUUUAAUGUGUUUCCUCCUGUCCUCCCGGUUUUUAAAAAUUAAGUUAAAUGUCCGGUUUUUUAGUGAAUGCUUAAUAAAUGUUCAAAAAUAGUAGCAUCACAUAAAAAUAAAUCUUCUGAUUUCCGAAGAUAAAGUAAAGUAAAUGUCUUAUUUUACCAGGCGAAGUUAGGGCUAAUAAGCCCUCUCCAACACAAUCUGGGGACCAACAGCUUGCCAGGCAAGCGGGCUGCUUGUAAGGAAGAUAGACCAUAACAAAUUAUUGCAGUGCACACGUAAUGCCAUGACAUUAGAUGUGAUAUUAGAUUCAGUUGUAUGUCGAACGUUAUCUAUUGUGUCACUGACUCACUGUUGUUUCUAUCCGCUCAGCUGCACUGGCGCUUCUAUCCCUUGAUUUCCUAUUAAGAAUUAUUGUUCUUCUGUUAUAAUAUAAUAGUUCAUGUUUAAUAUACAGUAAUGUUAUAAUUUUUAAAGAAAAAAAUUCUAACAAUAAUUAAUUAAAUCUUAUGCCACAUACAAAAUAAUAGCCUAAAAUAAUAUUUUUAUCCAAUAUACACUUUAAUAAUAUGAAUUCCUUUUAUUUUUUUAAUUAUACAUCAAACAAAUCUAAUUUGAGUUUUUUUUUAUUUGCAUCGCAAGCAAUACAGUACUAAUUUAUAACAUGCUUUUUUAAUAAUAUAUAAAUAAAUAUAUUUCGCAAAGUUUAGAAGAAUGUUUAAUACUGUCCUCAUUUUUCACUCCCCUAAAGUCCUCCCUUUAGGAGUUUGCGUCUGGUCACCCUGGUCACAACCUCGUUUAUUAGUCACCACUACCACUCAUUUAAGUCUGAUUCAUCAUCUCAAAUCCGUGAUCAGUCAUUGAUACUUCCAUAGAUAACUAUUAACACAAUGGCCAAAUGUGGUUGCUGUCUGCAUUACGUGAACACAGCUGAACUCUACUUACACAAUGACAACAGGGAAACGCAAGGAGUUGAUGAAAACUACGUGAAUGGCGGUCAUUAGUUGCAGGACAACUGCUUUUGUAAUUUUGCAAUAAAUAAGAGAAUUAAACGUGACAAAUACAUUGAAAUGGAAUAUUACGUCAGAAACCGUUAAUGGGGUAAAGAAAUAAAUAAAAAUGUAAAAACAUUUUUAAACAUUUCCGAUGGCAUUAUAAUGUGAAUUAUUGUGCUGUCAUAUAUUGGUAUGAAGUGCUUGGUAGUAGCUGAAGCAGAUACAUCAAUCCCUGGGGCCUCUCUGAAUUAAAAACUGUGGGUUACACAUACCCAUCACACCUUGUUGGACAGUUGGGAGAUGGCACUAUGUUCCACUUGAAGUAUAACCAAUGCUUUAAUUUUUAUAAAGCAGUAUUACUAAUAAGGUAAAAUCAUUUUAGGAAAAUAUGUAUAAGUCAUAUUUUUAACAUUAUAUUUAUUUUGGGGAAAGGCCUUUAUUCUUUCUUGAUUUGAAAACACAAUUCUGCUUAGGAGGAUAGGCUGCAAAGGAACGUUGAAGAAUACUGCUGAAUUAUUUAACAGCUUAGAGAGAAAUCUAUUGUUUAUUUUUAUUAUUGAAAACAGGAAAAAACAUUCAUCUGCCAUUAUUUUGUAUAAAAAAAGAAUUUUAAAUUUGUAGCAGAAGAAGCUUUGUUACCUUACGGAUAAUCUGUGAUCAAUAAAUCAAAGCAUUCGCUAAUCAGUCAUGCUUGUUAGAAUAAGAGAACCAAUGCCUAUUUGUAUAUUUUGAAUUAAGGGUCUUUGAUUUAUUUCAACCAGUAUUUGUAUAUGAAUUGUACAAUAUGUAAUUGUUAGCUGGUAUUUAAAAAUAAAUAAUCUUUAUAUUUAGUA